AUGAAGGCAUUUAUCGAUCCGAGCUUACGACCAAUUGAACCUCCACUAUUUGAUGACCCAAGUGAGCCUUAUCUUGAUGAGUCAGAUAUUCCAGAUGACUGUUUUGAGUCAGAGCUUCCUGUCAAUAAAAAUAUUGACUCUAGUCCACCAGCUUCACACUCUGCAAAUUCAAGCACCCAUUUAGAUCGUCAGAACCGACCGGUGCAGUCGCAAUCAAAUCCUGAUCAUUCUGUGAUAGAUGACAAAAGUAUUUUUCCAGCUGAUCGGAUUCUUAAGUCGCGUAGGAAAAAGGGCAAAAUGGAGUACCUAGUUCAGUGGCAUAAUUUUCUAAGAAAUCAGUCGACUUGGGAACCGGAACAAAACAUUUUGGAUAAACGCCUAAUCGUUAAUUUCAAUAAAUCAAGGAAGUAG